CGGUAACGGGCGAAAACGGUGGGUUUUAUAAGUUAGAGUUUAUUGGUUUGGUUUCUCUGUGCGGGCGUGAGUCCCUGGUCGUAUAUUCAACAACCUUAACUGCAAAUUCAACUUCUUCCAAAGCUUUGAUUUUUUUGAGCAUUCUCACUCACUGCAACCAAAGGAAGGGGUUCCCUCUAGAGGGCGGUUUUCCGAUUUCUCGGAAACCGCUCUACCUUAUCAACAACUUUGAAAUCACUUGAAAGAAAGAAGAAGCAAUGCUUCCCGGGUGAAGAAGAACAUAUAAUAAUACAUUGCAUGCUUUAACUUUUCGUCUGCCCACGGAAUGUGCAUGUGCAUAGGUUUUUGGAUUGAAUUUUUGUAAAUAAUACUUGAAGAAGGUGGCGAUGGCGGUAACUAGAAGAAGAGACGGUAUGCGUGGCGUUCACCAGUGGGCGUGGCCUAAACCCAAUAAAUGGGUGAAGGGGAAACUGGUUGGAUGUGGAUCUUUCGGCACUGUGCAUUUGGCGAUGAACAAAUCAACGGGUGCCCUUUUUGUUGUAAAAUCAUCACAUUCGAGGGCUGGACGUGAGGCUUUGGAUGAAGAGGUAAAAAUCCUGAAAAUAUUUAAUUCUUCACCGUACAUUGUCCAAUGUUUAGGGACAGAGGAGGAGGAGCAGGGCAAGGUGAAUGUUUUUAUGGAGUAUAUGUCAGGAGGUAGUUUGGCAGACGUGGCUCACAAAUUCGGUGGGUCAUUGGAUGAAGAGGUGGUUCGUGUGUAUACCAGGGAAAUUCUUCACGGCCUGAACCAUCUUCACCUUCAUGGUAUUGUACACUGCGAUCUCAAGUGCAAGAACGUGCUUUUGGACCCACAUGGCAACGUGAAGCUGGCAGAUUUUGGAUGUGCCAGAAGGGCAAAUGAGUUGGGAAAGUCAUUUGGUGGGACCCCUCUGUGGAUGGCUCCUGAAGUGCUGAGGAACGAGUCUGUUGAUUUGUCUGCAGAUAUAUGGUCCUUGGGAUGCACAGUUAUUGAGAUGGCUACUGGCAGUCCUCCUUGGGCUCAUCAGGUUUCAAAUCACGUCAGUGAUGUGCUCUGGAUUGCCCAUGGUGAUGCUAUUCCUCAGUUUCCACCCCAUUUCUCCAAGGAGGGUUUGGAUUUCUUGAGCAUGUGCUUGCAGAGAGAUCCCCGUAAGAGGUCUACGCCUCAGCAGUUACUUUCUCAUCCCUUUGUUACAUCAACACCACCUUCUCAACAUCAACAACAAAAACAACAUGCUUCCUCUCCGGCAAGCGUCUUGGAGGUUCACGAUUUCAGGGACUCUUGUGAUGUACAUGAUUUCUCUCUCACAAACACACUUGCAUCUUACACUGAUUACUCCAAAGGAAUAGCUGUGUGUAAAGCAGAAGACAGUGCCUUGGGCUCAUCGGGCAAUUGGAUUACAGUUAGAUCAGGCUGAAACAUUGAUCAUAUAUAGAAUUGUUAAUGUAGAUAGACAAUUUCAAAUGUACAGCAUUGUGUAGGAAACGAAUAGGAUCUCAACUUUCUAUGGCUUUUCCUCUGCAUUCUCAAAUAACUUUUGUAACCCAUGGCUUACUGUUGCGUAGCCACAGAUUUCUUAUGAAAGCUAU